AUGUCUAUAAACUUUUUAUCCAUCCCUCGAAACAGAUUCAAAGCAAUCGGUGUGUUAUCCGUCACUUGUAUACUUAUAUACGUUAUAUUACACUCCUCAAUCAUCACUACUGAUUUUGAUGUUUCCGAUUAUGGCGAUAAAUUUAUCCCAUCUAUAAUAUUUGAUGACAACAAUGACAAUGGUGAAAAUCUCAAGGAUCCUCAACCUGAAUUGGAUAACGAUAAAGGAAAUGGCGAAACUGACACUACAACUUCAAAUUCCAUGACAACUGCACACACCUUUUGGAAGGGUAUUUUUGAUACUUUUGAUAAAUACAAAAUGGAUUUAGGACAAGACCCAGAAAACGCGGUAUCAUACGUGGACAAAUUGAAACAAAAGCAAGGUCCGCUUAAUAAAGAAGUUUUACUUUCAAAAGCAAUUGUUUCUAGUGAAUUAAUGAAACAUUUAAAAGAAAAACAUUCCGGUGUAGUUGAAGAUUUACCAUCAGUCAUGCCAGGAUCAGUAUACAAUAAAGGUUCUAAAGGGGUAGUUAUAAUUGGUGGAGGGAAAUUCUCUUGGUUAGCGUAUUUGGCAUUAGUUCAAUUAAGAAAUGUGGGGUCAAAAUUACCAGUGGAAAUUGUCAUGCCAUCUCGAGCCGAUUAUGAAAAAGAAUUGGAAUUUUGUGAAAAUACUUUACCUGAAAUGCAAGCUUCAUGUGUUGUUUUGCCAGAUGUAUUGGGUGAAGCAGUUAUGAAAAAUAGAAAAUUUGCCAGUUAUCAAUUCAAAGCAUUAGCUUUGGUAGUUACAUCGUUUGAACAUAUCUUAUUGUUAGAUUCCGACAAUAUGAUUGUGUCUAAUCCUGAUGAAAUAUUUGAGAGUAAAUUAUAUCAUCAAUAUGGUAUGAUCACUUGGCCAGAUUAUUGGAAAAGAACCAUAUCUCCACUUUUCUACGAUGUGGCUGAAAUUGAAGUCAAUGAAAAUAAAAGAGUGAGAUAUAAUAGAUUCCCAUUAUAUAACGCACCAAAUGUUCGUAGUAAUAUUUAUACCGAUCAAGAACGUGAAGAAGUUCCUUUCCAUGACUUACAAGGAUCAAUUGCUGAAUUAUCUACUGAAUCGGGUCAAUUGAUUAUUAACAAACACACUCAUGGGAAAACUAUAUUAUUGGCAUUAUACUACAAUUUCUAUGGACCUAAUUUGUUUUAUAAAUUGUUUUCAUUAGGUGAACAAGGUGAAGGAGAUAAAGAUACUUUUGUUGCCGCCGCAGUUGUUACCAGACAAGAUUAUUAUCAAGUUAAAUCAUUUAUUAAAACUUUUGGAUAUGCUGACUCUGAUGAUAAAUUUCAAGGUGUUUCUAUGGGACAAAGAAAUCCUUUAAUUGAUCGUAAACAUUAUGAAGAUCAUGUUCUUGCUUUACUUGAGAAAGAUUCAUUCAAAUCACUGUCAAUUGCUGAUCAAAUUGAACAAAUGAAGAAAUUUGAAAAUGAAGAUUUUGAUCAACAUAAUUCCAUCCCAUUAUUUACUGUUCAUUGUAAUUAUCCUAAAUUGGAUCCAAAACUAUAUAUGUCAAGAGAUGAUCUUUAUGAUGAGAAGGAGAAGAAAUUGAAGUAUAGAUUAUAUGGGAACUUGAAAUACACUAAAGAGGUAGUUAAAGACGGUGAAACAGGUACAGAAGCGUCAACAGACAAAGUGCAAAUUGAUUUUGAAUUACAACAAUGGCAACAUAUGCAAGAUAUAUUGUGUUUGAAAAAGAUUUAUUUCACUCACUUUAUUGAUAAUGAUAUGAAUGAAUUAUGUCAAUUUAUAGAAAAUCAAGUUGCUUGGCUUAGUAAGUCUCAGAAUUAG